GUAUGUACAGAAAAUUCAGCGUGAUAGUUUUUAUUUAGUCGUUUUCCUGGAUCAGUAUGAGAAUUCAAAACAGUUUAAAUUUCAAAGCCAUUAUCCUGUCCGUUGUGGUUAUUUUUGUUCUAAUAGUCAUUCUUAGUGAACCUGUUAUUUGUACAAUAGAUUCUAAGACCAUUUGUGAAAGUAUCCAAAAUGUAAAAACAUUUGAUAUGCUGAAUAUUUUAGCCAUUGGUGUGAACAGCAAACACAAUUUGAUACUGGUAACUAAAGAUAAAUUCGUAUAUGAAUCGCCAUUAGCCGAUAUGUUGGAUGAAGAAAAAAUUCGCUUAAAUCUUGAUAGAAUUCACCCAUCAGCAAUGAUAAACAAAUUCACUCAAUUGAAUGUUAAUCAACGUUUCAACAAGUUUUAUGAAUAUGAUCAAAUACAUUCGGCAUUUUUUAUGACACUUUCGAAUAAAACAUCACUUUGUUUCAUAGCAAUGGAUCAAUCCUCACAGAAAAGUCUCAAUUAUUGGAUCGAUGAUAAUCUAAUUCAUGAGACAUUGAAUUUCAUAAUACCAACGCCGAAAUCGAUCGUUGAAGAUAUCGAUGAUUUUGUCAUAUCUAAUCGUGCUAGUUAUCCAGAAUAUUUUGUAUGGCGGAACCAUCGUGCCACUGGUAAAUCAAGCAUAGGUAUUGCCAGAUUGGAAUCAAAAUCUUAUCCGGAAGAAGAGGCUUGGAAAUAUAUGAAAAAUAACAUUAUAUUCCAACAUAUUUGUAUUGAAAAAGAUGAACUAUUGUUUAUGCAUCCUAUUCCCGGUACUAGUUGCAAUGGAUUACCAUUUCAAGCAAAAGAUGUUGCUAUCGGAUUUUUUACUCAAUAUUAUCUUUUCCUCAUUGGCGAUCAAUAUGUAUAUAGAAUUGAGGAAAAAAUAUUCUACAACAUGAGCAAAUCUGCACCAGUGGUAAAAGUUAAAAUUGAAGAUUUUAUCAAUUGUCCACAAGAGGGUGUUCCAAUCACUGGAAUUAGCCAAGGAAAUGGCAUUGGAGCUUUACAAAUAAUCCUGAUGAUUGCAUUAUCAAUAAUAAUUGUCUUAAUGUAUCUCUUUUUGGGAUGGUAUUGUUGGAAACAAAUAUUUAACCGUUCGAAUACUGGCGAUGAAACUACUGAAGACAAUGAUAAUGAUGAUGUUACAUCUACCAUGCAGACUUUAUCUCCGAUAACAAAAUCAAAAAUUGUGAUUAAACAAUCAAAAUUGAAUGCCAUGAGUUCAGAUGGUAAAAUGUCAAUGAAAUUAACGAAAUCCGUCAAGUCUAAAUUCAGUCCAAAAAGCAAAAUUCCAUCGAAAAUUUCCUCAACAAUUAAACGAAGAUCGCCGUUGAUGUCGACAAAAUCUACUACUACAACAACAAUUAGCAGUGGCCUGAAAACAAUGUCUAAAUCGAAAAUUUCAACAAUUAGUCCAAAAUCUAAAAUUCGUUCCCAAUAUAAACAAGUAAAAAAUUGAAUAAAU